GCUGAAUUUCGAAGACUGAGCUGAAUGUUUUUUGUUAUCCACAAUAUUUUCUACAGAUUGUUAGCUGUAAACUCGGGUGAUUCAGGCUGUGGUUUGAACGAUAAUCCGGAUCCAAUGUUAAUGUUCAGAGAUGUGGCUGAUUUGAUAAUCAGUCGCGAUUUUUUGUACACAAGAGGUGGAAGGGAUUCUGAAGAUGAAUUUACCAAAACUCAUUUAGAGAAAUUCGCUUCUCAUUCAGACUCUGAUAAGGAGAAAUUUGGGUUGACGAGAGGUACUACAGAAUCACCAACACAUUCGUAUAUUAUUUCGCUUGCAUCAACACUAUUAUUACCUGGUACACCAAUCAUUUAUUAUGGAACUGAGAUUGGUAUCAACAGCUUGACAUAUGCUGGAACUCCAGAAAAGAUUUAUCCGAAAGGGAAGCAUUACAACAGUGAAAAUGAAUUAUCACGAUCCCAUUUGCCAAUGCCAUGGGAUUCAACUGGGAGAAGGUUUUCGGCAACCAUAAGUGAUACCAGUUUUACUGACUAUUUAAACGGGUAUACACAACUGUCUCUUGUUGAAAUAUCCGUUUAUACUUAUAUGAUUCUCUGAGUUGCGUUGAUGAUUCAUGCUUCCCUUUGAUCGAUUAUUUGUUGCUGGGUAUUGAAAUUGAGAAAUACUUCUUAUUCAUACUGUACUCAAAAAAACCGUGUAUCACUAUCAAAAGCUUAUUUGUCCUUUGUGUGAAACUAUUGACCAAAUGAAAAGCAAGUUAAAUCUAUAGAGUAGCAUUUGCAACAUCCAAAAAAGCGUUUCUACGUAAGCUGAAAGAAUUUCCAUCAUUUGUUGUGGUGCUAUUAUCAAGAUUACACGGGAUUUAUCACUUCGAUCUCACCCCAUUUUGUUCAUCAGUUACUCCGAGAAUAAUUGAUCCUUCACAACUAGAUGUGCCAGUUGACAUUCAAUUAACAACUCUGAAACUAAAUAUCACAGGUGUAAAACCUGAAUCUCACAUUUUAGUGUUUGAAUGUAACGGAAUACACCAUUAUUGAAUCUGCUUAAUACAUGUAAUAUCAGAUCUUCAUUCAAUUCUGAACACAGUUUAUUGCUUACACUAUCAAUAAUCUUCUUAUCUGACCUUCUAUAUUUAUUCUGC